AUUGAAAACAUUACCUACGUAAAAUUUUUUUUUGAUCCUGCAAUCUUCAUAGGUAUGAUCGGCCAGGAUCCAAAGUCAAUAGUCAAAGAAGGGACACUGGAACAGAAUGAGCAAGCAUUAGUUGAGGGAGUUGGUUUGAGGCAAAGGUAUUCUCCCCGUUUUAGCCUCCAACAUCAUUCGUCAACACCAACCAUUUUGACGAAUCUACCUUUUUAAACGCCACAUCCAACAUCAACCCUGGAAGUACCCUAAACCCAAAAGAAAAAUGAAUGUCCAAGUCACAGAAACCGCUCUAAUCCGCCCCUCCACCCCACCUUUCACCGAGGACCACGCCCUCCUUCUCUCUCACCUAGACAAUGACCACAGCCUCAACGUCACCUUCCGUUACCUGCGAGCUUACGUCAACAGUAACACCAGUGAUCGCAACCCGUUCCAGGUCAUCUCCUCCGCCAUCUCCACCGCUCUCCACCACUACUACCCUCUGGCGGGCUCUCUCCACCGUGCCAGCAAUGGUAGGUAUGAGCUUUUCUGUCAGGUGGAUCAAAGCCUACCCCUGGUCAAUGCAAGCGCGGACUGCACAUUGGAGUCAGUAAAUUACCUUGAUGACCCUGAUAUGAAUUCGGUUGAACAGCUGGUUCCUGACCCGAGCCCGGAAGAAACUCUGGUCAACCCCUGUAUUUUACAAUUAACGGUGUUCAAAUGUGGUGGGUUUACUCUUGGGGCGGCUAUUCAUAAUGCUUUGUGUGAUGGGCUUGGUGCAACCCAGUUUUUCUGUUUGGCAGCUGAUCUGGCACGUGGAGUGGACCAGGUAAAAUUUCAGCCUGUUUGGGACCGAGCUGCUCUUUUGGGUCCAAGAAACCCACCAAAAGUUGAAGGCCCAGUUCGGGAUUUUCUGAGCUUGGAGAAAGGGUUUAAUCCUUACAAACAGAAUAUUGGACAUGUUGUGAGGGAGUGCUUUUAUGUGGAGGAUGAAUGCUUGGACCAGCUCAAGGCUUUGCUUUCUGAACAGAGUGGUCUGAGUUUAACCACGUUUGAAAUCUUGGGUGCAUAUAUUUGGCGAGCCAAGGUGCAAGCCUCAAAGAUUCCAGGUGAUGAGACUGUGAAGUUUUCAUAUUUAAUGAACAUCCGCAAACUAGUAAAGCCACCAUUGCCUGCUGGCUACUGGGGCAACGGCUGCGUUGCAAUUUACGCCAAGGUCAGUGCCAAGGACCUAAUUGAGCAGCCUCUGUGGAAAACGGCAGAGCUGAUCAAGAAGAGCAAAAGCAAUUCCAGUGACGAGUACGUGCGUUCUUUUAUUGACUUACAAGAACUGCACUACGAAGAAGGCAUAACAGCUGGAAAAGGAGUGAGCGGGUUCACAGACUGGAGACAUUUGGGCCAUUCAGCAGUAGAUUUUGGUUGGGGAGGUCCUGUAACUGUGUUGCCACUUUCAAGCAAUUUCCUUGGGAGUAUGGAGCCAUGCUUUUUCUUGCCUUAUUCUUCAUCAAAUACAGGCAAGAAUAAAGGGUUUAAAGUCUUGGUGAGCUUGCGUGAGAGUGCCAUGCCUGCUUUUAGGGAAGAGAUGGAGAAAUUUAGUAGGAAAGAAUUUAGUAGGCUUUGAGCUAUGUCCUGAAUCCUGACAGCAACUUGUCUAGUUGCUGCGUCGAAUGUAUUUAUGUCUGAUGCUUGGCAAAAUUGACACCAGAGCUGUCUUGCUUUUUCGUGGUGAAUUUGGCUAAUAAUAAAUUGUCUCUUGCUUCUGUUAUUGAGCUCUCAUCUAUUAAGCCGCCAAUGUGGAGUCCUGUAUUUGGUUUUUGAAUCCUAUCAAGAUGAAGGUGAAAUGCCUAUUAAAUGCUCAUUUUGAUAAUCAAUUAGUAUUAAUUGUUUUGAGAAAUCUUAGCUCAUGAAAUGCCAAAAAAAAAUUUUUGAUACAAGAAGAGAGACAAAUCCUAUUACUUAUCAACAUACUGAACAAAACUU